AAACUCGCAGACAUAAAAUCAGAUUGUGGGAGAAAUCCAAAACAAGAAGAAAGCAAAGACAGAGACAUCAAAAAGAUUGCAAACAUUAGAUUCAACACAAGAUUGAGAUUGUGAGAGUCAAAGCAAACAAGAAGAUAUAUAGAGAGAGAGUUGCAAACAAUAAGAUUCGGUAAAGAAAGCAUGACGGGAGAGCCUUCUCUAUGCAUGAACGGAUGUGGCUUCUUCAGCACGCCACAGACCAAGAACCUUUGCUCAAAGUGCUACAACAAUUUUCUGAAGGAUGAGUCUGCCAGAUACUUGGACACUAUAAGAGAGGCGGGUGAAAAGGAAACAACAGUGGUGGAGAAGUCUCAAGAGGCAGCAGUUAUGGUAAAGAAGACAGAGAGGAGUAGAUGCAGUGCGUGUAAUAAAAAGGUGGGGCUGCUAGGAUUUGGAUGUAGAUGCGGACAUGUGUUCUGUGGGUCUCACCGUCACCCAGAGGAACAUUCUUGUCUAUCGGAUUAUAAAUCUGCCGCCAUUACCGACUUAACUAUCCAAAAUCCUGUCAUCAAGGCUGAUAAACUGUAUAGAAUCUAG